AAAGGAAAAAAAAUAUAUCACGGGGACUGGUUUUUGGAUAAUCAAUCGUAAAUUGUAAUUUUUUUAAUUAACAAAUAAAAUGUAGUGAAAAUUACGGCUUGCAAGUCAGUACAUUUAUAAUUGAACCGGGGUGCUGUUUGUGGUGCAAAUCGAUGGACUAAUCGUAGUGAAAAUGAAUAACUCUACGCAUAAAAUCGAAACUAAUUAAACAAUCAUGUUAAUCUUCCAUUUGAAGUAGAGUUGGAUUCCAUAGACCACAAUGAGGCUAAAAUAUUCCAAGCUUUGUACAUUCCUUAUAAUAGCGUUCAACAUAUUCCUGUGCUAUUACAUAUGGAAACUAUUCAUUGGGAAAACCAUUGGCAAAUCUAUGAAAUUUCCCAAUGCCUAUAAUGCCAUUACCCCUGUAACCGAGAAGCCGAAGCCCAAGGAUCGAAUUCAGUCAACCAACAAGCACAUUAAGAAAACGAUAACCAUUAUCUUCCGAGAUUUCUAUCAUUUUGAGAAUGAUCUCAAGUUGAGCAUAGAAAGCAUUGUUACGUUGAUUCCGAAUGUGCAAAUACUGGUCAUAUACGAUGAAGAUCCGUAUCCACCGAUGGAUUAUCUAGCUAAUUAUACAGUGCGAAACAAUGUAAAGCUCAUACGACUCGGUUUCGAUAUAAACAAAACAGCAAAGUUGAUGUCACCGAUUUUUCAAAUCCGCACAAAGUAUGUUCUCAUACUACCGGAUAGUGUACGGCUCGGCGGUAGGUCAAUCAUUCAGAAAAUGUUGAAGGAAAUGGGAAAUGUAGAGGGUCGUACUGAUAGCGAUAGUGAAAAGACUAGCAAAAAGGAAAAUUCUGUUAGAGGACCUAAGAGCAUGGUUGUGGUACCAUUUUCUAGUAAUGUCAGAGAGUUUUCCAACUGCUGCAGUAUCAACAUUGACUUUAUCAAUUGGACAAUUGAAUAUGGUGUGAAAAAUCGAUCGACCAAUUGUGAUAUGUUUCUUCAAAAGCAUGCCAUUUUCAUUGAAACGGCUACCCUGAAGGAUAUGCCAGACGCUCUUUCGCCUCCAUUUCCGGAAUUUUUUUAUAUUCAAUCGAAAGUGUCACAAGUAAAGAAAAUACUACUCACAUCAUCACUGCAAGACGGUAAACGACUGUUUACAGCAUUCCAUAACAAGCAACGAAGAAAAGAGAUUCGUCGUCAACAAUUCAAGGAAAUGUAUCGAAAAUUGUUGGUGAAGAAAGUUAUUCGAAAAAUGACUGGAAAACCCAUAGCAAAGAAUAGUAAACCGAAUCGUCACAGGAUUGCAGCUGGUUCCAAUGGAAAUAUCGAAACCAAAGCAGAUAAUAGUCAAAUUCAAAACAAUGAGAAUCACAUUAAUCUACCCAAUAAUUCAUUGCCGCUCAUCACCACAGUGGAAUUUUACGGUUGUGAAAAAAAUACGAAAUCAUGUGUCGGCACUGUGUUCAACCAAAAGCCAUUCUACACGUAUUUGGACAAGCAUACGCCACCCUGUUGCUUGGAAAAAUUGAAAGCUGUCUUCAUCCACAUAAUUGAAGAGUUUGAAAAUGUUGGCAUCCGAUAUUGGUUAGACAAUCAUGCGUUGCGCAGUGCGAUCGAGACAAAUGAUUUGGCUUUCAAUGCCUACGAAAUUGAUAUUAGUUUUAAUGUGUUCGACUUGGAGCGGUCGUCUCUAUUGAAAAAGAGCCAAGCGCGACCGCUUAUCGAUGUGGCUGGAUUUUAUUGGAUCAAAGCUACCGACGGGAAUUACUUCCGUGUUCAAUAUUCUAAAGUUAAUCAGAUCGGCGUGAACUUAUUGCCGUUUGAUUUGAGCGGUGACCGGGUGGUUCCGACUAGUUUCUAUGGAUGGAAAGCCAAAGAAUUUUCGGCCGAAUUUUUACAUCCAAUGUCGACGGUAGUGUUUCUGGGAAAGGGAAUUAUGUGUCCAAAUAAUGUUGUUGAAUUUUUAGCAUUGAAGAACAUUAAGUGAAUGGCUCAAUACAAUGAUUAACACAGUUGUUAUUCUGUAAACAUUUUUAUGGAUUUUUCUCAUUUUUAGUCUGAUUACUUUUCACACAAACAAAAAAACUGAAUGACCGCUAUUUUAUGUGUAUCACGAAUGGAUUAAUUGAAAUAUUUAAAAUUAAAUUGAGGAA